GGUGGGUGGGAGUGAAAGGGGCAAGAUCGGCUCUUUGCAUUUCUUGUUUUUCUUCUCGAACUUUUGUUUUGUUUGCCGUGACAUCGCCUUUAGUUUCGGUUAUGGGUUUAGCGUGAAAGCUUUGGGACUUCUGGAAGGAUUGUUUGUUUUUUUUUUUUUUUUUUUUUUUUAAUUCUUGGAAACGAAUUUCUUUUGUUUCGCAUUGAUUUGCUACGAAUAUGCUACUAGUAAUUGGAACACUGGAAAACACGAAAUAGUUGCUCCGAACUCCGAACAUAGCUGUUAGAUCGGCGAUGUUGCCCAUGUAUAGCAACUUCAAAAGGAAUAAUUAAAGCAUAAUUCGGUAGUGCAAAAAAGCAUGAGAACGCUGGCUCUUAUACGUCUUUUGACAAGGUAACUUGGUCAACCGUUAGUUGGAGUCACUAGCCUCAGCCUUUCUCGUCGUGAUGAUACGGAGAACACGCUACAGCGAAGCUAGAGCCAUCGUAAAGCUUGACUCUGGAGCCUGCGGAGCGUUCCAAUCUGGAUCUCAUCUCAUCGGGCAUGCAUACAACUCUUCCCCAACGCCAGCUGCCUUGCUAUCUGACAUGUCGCCGGCGGCAGAUGUUCCAUGAUGCAUUAGGCUGGUUUUGAAACUAGACAGAGUGGACUGAUGAGAGAUGGUGAUUACGAGGAUCAUCCGUUCCAAUUUUGCCCACUAAUUACGAGCGCAGCCAGAGUGACAACACCAGCAUGGAGUUGCUACGAUAACUGGGCCGGAUACGCAUGUGAUGCGUUUAGUUGACAGGCUUCCGUACAGGUAUGGAUAUAUGCCCGAGAGAAGGCCCAGGGGAGAAGGUAAUGAUCACAUUAUUCCUUGAACUGAGUGUUGAAACGAGUACGAAAUAUGGAGUAAUCCCAGGCAGUGGUAGUAUUAGGCCCUCUUAUUGUGCUGUCUGCCUGGAAGUCACAUAUAGAUAUGUGACAAGUAAAUAGAGCAAUCACUUUCUGCAAGCAAUCUCCCGGAGUGAGUUUAUGCUAUGUAAAAACUAGCUCAAAGCCCUUGAUCACGAUGCCUGCUCCCGUUCGCUUUUGCAAGGAUAACUACUCCGUAAUUCGUCCAUCAAAUCGCAACGUUACAUGAUGAAAUUUAUAUAAUGAUUAUAAAUAUUGCACUUAAGAGAACUGGGAUGCUCAGCCUUGAGACCGUGAUCCAAGGAUAGAAAUAGAUAGGUACAUACGUGUGAAUCUGAAUCACUAAGAAGGAAAUAAAAACAUAAGUACAUAUGCUCGUUUAUUCGUAUGGAUUCAUAGCGGUAUAAUCAUGGCAUUCCAUUAUACUGCCUUUCGUCUGAUGCUGGGAUCUUGG